CCCACUACUACAAUAUUCACCUGUAGCUCCAGCUGCUCUGCUCAGUGACGGAGAAGCUGUUUUGAAGUUACUGGAUAAACAUGUUAAUAACAGUGAAGGUGGCGCUUGGUUAACACAGAAAUAUUUAAAGCUACAACUUGCAGAACAUUCCCAUCGUAAGAAGAAAGCAAAUGAUCCUGCCAGCGCCUGUAAUUGAAAUAAACAAAAAACAACAACAACAAAAGAACACACAACAUCCGAGUUUCCGCCUCAGUGUUGAUGUUGUUUCCUCUUAAACUGCAAUGCGUUGCUGCUCUCCUUCAAAGUGUUCAUGUUAACGUGAGCUUAGAUCUACGUUGCUUCAUGGAAAUAUUCUUCGCUAUUUAAUGCGUCGGACUUGAUCUGGAUGAUCGCAAUAAUUACCCAAACAAGCACAUGAAGAGAUUUCAGCAGUAAUUAAUCACUGAGAGGACCCCACCAUCAUUCAUUUUGGAAGAACGAUUAUUACUUAUUCAUAGUUGUUAUUUACUGGUGAACAUGUCCAUUAGAAAAGAGUUUCCUCCUCUAAAGGAAACUAGAAACGGGAAAACAUAUUUUAACAAAUUCGGCUCGACUAACGAAUAUUUUGAUCUCACUUUUAAGGUGAUGUUGCUGGGAGACUCAGCCGUUGGAAAGACCUGUUUACUCGUCCGGUUUAAAGACGGCGCCUUUCUGGCAGGCAGCUUCAUAGCCACCGUGGGAAUAGACUUUAGGAAUAAGGUGGUGGCUGUGGACUCCGUGAAGGUGAAAUUACAGAUUUGGGACACAGCCGGGCAGGAGCGGUUCCGCAGCGUCACUCAUGCAUACUACCGAGACGCACAAGCACUACUUCUGCUGUAUGACAUCACCAGCAGGUCCUCCUUUGAUAACAUCAGGGCCUGGCUCACAGAAAUACAUGAGUAUGCACAGCAGGAUGUGGUCAUCAUGUUGCUCGGAAACAAGUCAGACAUGAGCAGUGAGCGAGUGAUCAAGCGGGAGGAAGGAGAGAAGCUGGCCAGGGAGUAUGGAGUUCCCUUCAUGGAGACGAGUGCCAAAACAGGAGUGAACGUCGAACUGGCUUUUCUUGCAGUCGCAAAGGAAUUGAAACACAGAUGUGUGCAGCAGCCGAACGAGCCCAGCUUCCACAUCCACGACUACAUUGAGUCACAGAAGAAGACGACGAGCUGCUGUGGGUUCAUGUAGCACAGGCCUGCAUUAAGAGAGCCUGUCCGACGGCAUGCUCAGAGAGAUCUUACAGGGGCCUGGCUGUGCUGUAUGAGGGCAGUGCAUGAGGAGGAGAGAGGGGGAUAUGUGCCAUACUGUUUGUGGAAGGGGAGGGUCCUGUUCAAUAAUG